AUGAGUCAAUCAAAUACAUUUUGGAAUGAAAAAAUGAAACAUCUCUUUCAUCUUUAUGAUAUUGAUAAUGAUGGUUCAAUAACUCCACUUGAUUUUGAAAUACUUGCUAAUAAACUUUCAACAUUGGUUGGACAAGAUGAUAAAAAACGACGUGAAGAUUAUGCAAAUGCACGUAAAACUCUUUGUCAAGAAAUAAUGAGAGCUGAUGCAAAUCAAGAUGGAAAAGUAACAUUAGAAGAAUGGCUCGAUUUUCAUCAACAUCUUGCAAAAGAAUUACAUAAACCAGAUACUAAUCCGGAAAUUUUAGAACAAAUAGCUCAACGUAUAAAUACAACAUUUCAUAUGCUUGAUUUAAAUCAUGAUGGUUAUAUAGCAAAAGAUGAAUGGGUUAAAACAUGUCAAUUUUUUGGUGUUGAUCAGGCAACAGCAGAAAAAUCUUUUCAACAAUUAAGUAAAGAUGAUAAACUUGAAGAAGAUAAAGCAAAACAUCUUUUUUUUGAAUAUCUUAAAUCAGAUGAUCCUAAUCAUAUAUCUAAUUGUUGUUUAUGUUUUCUUUAA